UGUUUUUGCUAACCCUAGACCAAAAACGGCUACUUAACGAGAAACACCAUAAUAAUAAUAAUAAUAAUAAUACAAAGAAGAACACCCAAAUCCAUCAAUCCAUGACUGUACCAAUACCCAUGUCUUCUUCUUCUUCUUUCAAUUUCCUUCCUUCCACAUCCAAUCUUCACUUCUUCUUCAUCUUCACCCUCGUCGGCGCAAACCACACAUCAUCUCGCUUCUGUUCUCGCUAACCCAUCUCUCAUUUCAACGAUACAGGUAUACAUACAUACAUACAAUACAUAUAUAUAUAUAUUGGUCAUGGAAUGGUAUACAGGAAAACCCAGUUUGUUAAAGAACUUAUUGGUUAGACUAUUCUUAUUCUGUCUUACAAUAAUCGGUAUUCGAUUUACAUAUGUUGUCAUUAUUCGAGGUGAAUCAUGUGAUUCAGAUGAUUUCUGUUUCUUCUCUUCGCCGGAAAAACCAAAUCUUGUUACUGGUGUUAAGGAAUCAAGUUCAUCUGCCAUUAUCCUCUCCGACGCUGCCUCAGCAUUAUCAUCUCCGGAGAAGACAGCUUUGUCUACAAAAGACUGGAAAAAGUCUGUCGAUUUCUAUUCUUCAGUCUUUCAAGACCUUAUUGUUGAUGGAUAUCUUUUACCCAAUUCGAAAUCUUUAUGUUUAGAGACACAGAUGGGUCAGGAGGUUUAUGCUUUGAAAGAAAUUGGAGUUCUUGAUUCAAUUGGAAUUUACAAUAAGUCUUCCAAGGCAAAUAAUCAUCCGUUUGAAAACAACACUUUUGAUUUCAUCUUCUCGAGCAAUACUGGUUUAGAUAGUUCUUUAAAACAAGGCGAAUUCGCUGCAGAGGUAUGUCGGACAUUGAAGCCAGAAGGGUUUUUAGUUGUUCAUACAUCUUCUAAAGAUACAUAUAGUUUAAAUUCGUUUAUUGAUUUAUUCAAUUGCUGUAAAUUCAUACGGUCUCGUGAUCUUACUACUACAACAACAAAUGUUCGAGAAAUUGUCAUGAAAAAGGUGAAUAUACUAAACGGAGGAGAAUCAUCAUCAGUUAAUGAAUGUUCGAUUCCUGAAUACAAGAAGGAGUUAGUCAAGUUAUCUGAACCAUUGAUUGAAGAGGAGCCAUUGAAGCCAUGGAUAACAUUGAAGAGAAACAUCAAGAAUGUGAAAUACCUGUCGUCAAUGGCUGACAUUAACUUUAAGGAGAGAUAUGUGUAUGUUGAUGUUGGAGCUCGUAGCUAUGGUUCUAGCAUUGUUAGCUGGUUUAAGAAACAAUACCCGAAACAGAACAAGACAUUUGAUAUCUAUGCUAUUGAAGCAGAUAAGGCUUUCCACGAGGAGUAUAGAUCAAAGAAAGGGGUAACAUUGUUGCCUUACGCGGCUUGGGUGAGGAAUGAGUCAUUGUUCUUCGAGGUUAAUGAUGUUAAAAAGGGGGGUGAAAGAGGAAUGGGUAGGAUUAAGCCUGUUCAAUCUUCUUCUGUGGGUGGUAAUGAGAUCAUUGGAUUUGAUUUUGCGAAUUGGCUGAAGAUGACUGUAACAGAGAAAGAUUUCGUUGUUGUGAAAAUGGACGUGGAAGGGACCGAAUUUGAUUUGAUCCCGAGGUUGUAUGAGACAGGUGCGAUAUGUUUGAUUGAUGAAAUAUUUUUGGAAUGUCAUUAUAAUAGGUGGCAGAAAUGCUGCCCCGGUCAGAGAUCGCCAAAGUAUGAGAAAACUUAUGGGCAGUGUUUAGAGCUUUUUACUUCUCUUAGACAAAGUGGGAUUCUUGUUCAUCAAUGGUGGUAGUAGAUGAUAUACGUAUUAAUCUCCUUUCUUCUUAUUCUUUUGAUCAUCCUCCAUUGAUGAGAGCUUCAGUUUCUCAUGUGAAAUGUUGCUAGUUAAAUUUAUUCACAAUGUUUAAUAUAAAGAUGAAAUAGUGUUGCUUCUUUCA